AUGAAGCUCUCGAGUAUUUUCACAACGAUUGCUAGCGUUGUUCUUGUCAUAGUCAAUGCACAGUCCAAUGGCACGAAUACAUACACCAAUCCGAUUGUACCGACUGGAGCGGAUCCUUGGGUUGUUGGUUAUGAGGAGUAUUACUAUAUGAUCAAUACCACGACUGAUAAUAUCACUCUAUGGCGAAGUCCGACCCUCACAGACUGGUCUGACGCCGAGUCAAAGGCCGCGUUUUUGCCUCCACCAGGCCAGAAUUAUUCGACAAAUCUCUGGGCUCCAGAAUUGCACAAUAUCGAUGACAAGUGGUACAUCAUCUUUACUGCCGAUCCAAAUAAUGAUGUGACUCCGAAAGAGAUUGACAUGCUAUGCACAUUCGAUUGCCCAGCAGUCUACCAUCGCAUGUACGUCCUCGAAGGCAGCACCGCAGAUCCGUGGACGAGCAAGUACACCCUCAAAAGCCAGUUGAACACUUUCGACGAGUUCGCCAUCGAUGGAACCUACUUUCAGCACUCGACCGCCAAUCUCUGCAUCGCCAAAAUGAGCGAUCCAUGGACUGUCGAGUCGAACGUCACCGAGCGACAAAUCCUGUCAGUGCCCACCAACCCGUGGGAGAAGACACCAUAUGGCCGGACGGAGAACAUCCGCAUGAGUAGUAAUGAAGGACCUCAGCAGCUCACCAAUCGAAAGACCGGCCAGGAGUUCAUCAUUUACAGCGCAGCGCGUAGCGACAAUCUUGGAGACGAUCCGAUGAACGUGCAAGAUUGGCGGAAGAACAAUGAUGGUUGUGUUUUCUACCAGAAUGCGUUGGAGAAGGCGUACGGUGUUGGGCAUGCCAGUUUUACCACGAGCCCUGAUGGCACAGAGGAUUGGGUUGUGUAUCAUGGCAUGGAGAAUCCGUUCUCCGGUUGGAGCGCGAGAAACGUGCGGACGCAGAAGUUCACCUGGAAUGAUGAUGGUACGCCGAAGUUUCCGAGGCCUGGCUAUGGUCCCUAUGAGGCGCCGAGUGGGCAGAAUGCGAGUAUGAAGAUGUUCUGA